AUGUCUCUUGUUGGCCUUCACAAACAUAAAGGCUUUGGCUCUAAUAAUAACAAUGGCAAGGGCGUGAUUCCUGAAGACUGCCUACUCGGAUCAAUUCGCUUCGCCCUUGCUCGCUGGCGUGCCCAUUGGGUUAAGCUACGCAAUCGGGUUUCGAAGGAUGAAUGGGCUUCUAUGGGCUUUUAUAAGAAUGGAUAUAACUUCUGGCUGGUCUCGCAACUACUAAUCACCAAGAAGGAUGCGGUUGACGUGAUUAUGCAGAUGGAAGUCAGGUGCUCGGACAAACUGGAGAAGUUGAAUGUGCUAUUACUAGAUGAGAAGGAUUAG